AAUGUGCCACAGACUUCACUUAACUUCACAACCCGAGCCGAGCUGACCUGCUCCCAACAACUUCAACUCUUCUGCUUCUGUUCAGUUCCUAGCGGCUCAAACAAGACCUCAUCAUGGUGUCAAUGGGACGACAGAUGCUGGGCUUUGCCCUGGCGAUCAUCGGCUUCCUGGGGACCAUCAUUGUGUGUGCCCUGCCUAUGUGGAAAGUCACAGCCUUCAUUGGAGCCAAUAUUGUGACAGCGCAGGUCAUCUGGGAAGGCUUGUGGAUGAACUGUGUGAUGCAGAGCACAGGCCAGAUGCAGUGCAAGAUCUAUGAUUCCCUGCUGGCUCUACCUCAGGACCUUCAGGCUGCCAGGGCUCUUGUGGUCAUCGCCAUCAUCGUUGCUGCCUUUGGGAUCCUCCUUGGCAUUGCCGGAGGCAAGUGCACCAACUUUGUGGAGGAUACAACUGCCAAAGCCAAGGUAGCCAUCGCUGCUGGAAUCGUCUUCAUUUGUGCCGGUGUGCUCAUCCUCAUCCCCGUCUGCUGGUCUGCCAACACCAUCAUCAGGGAUUUCUACAACCCCAUCCUAACCAACGCCCAGAGGAGAGAAGAGAGGACGAUGGCUUCCAUGGGGAUGCAGAUGGUGGGUUGCGCCCUGGCCCUUUUCGGCUGGAUCGGGGUGCUCAUUGUCUGCGGCUCGCCCAUGUGGCGGGUCACUGCUUUCAUUGGCAACAACAUAGUGACAUCCCAGACUAUGUGGGAGGGCAUCUGGAUGAGCUGCGUGGUCCAGAGCACUGGCCAGAUGCAGUGCAAGGUGUACGACUCCAUGCUGGCCCUGGGCACUGACCUGCAGGCGGCCCGCGCUCUGGUUGUGGUUUCCAUCAUCACAGGCAUCGUGGGGCUCCUCAUUGCUUUCGCUGGUGGAAAGUGCACCAACUUCAUUCCAGAGCAGAGGGCCAAGGCCAAGGCGACAGUGGCAGCAGGUGUGUUGCUGAUCAUCAGUGGAUUCCUCUGCCUGAUCCCUGUUUCCUGGACAGCCAGCAUUAUCAUAAGGGACUUCUACAACCCUGUGCUGGUAGACGCUCAGAAAAGAGAGCUCGGGGCCUCUCUUUACAUCGGCUGGGGGGCUGGGGCACUGUUGGUCUUCGGAGGAGGGCUUCUGUGUGCCAACUGUCCCCCCAAAGAGGAUGAGACGCCCUCUGUGAAGUACCUCCUAAACAAAUCUGGAGGAAAUGGCAAAGAGGAUUCAUUCCGAUCUUUAACAAAGACGUACAUUUGAGAUUUCUAAAGGGACUGGGAGAAGUCUGGUUGACGACUGUCUGCUUUGAAGCUUGGAGGUGAAUUAGCUGCUGUGAAACAUCCAGAAAAAGGACAAACACACAGACCACUCACAAUGAAGGAAAUACUGCUUGCACUUUGCCCUGAGAGGAGAAUCACACUUUGGAUGAAUAAACAUGGAUGUUGCUUUUGAGCAUGUAUCUGGGGGUAGUUUAACUAGAAACUCUCUGUUUUAAACGGUGGGAAAGUGGUUGGUUUCAGCUGAAAAAACUCAUUUUGUAGUUGCACUGUAUUAAGUUUUUUUUUCACAAUAAAUGACCUCUCUAUCGUAAGCUUUUUUCUCUCAUGCUUCUUGUUUAUAGACAUUUAAAAAAUGCACCCGUGAUGAUUCAAACCUAACACUGAGAGAACCUGUUUGUCAGGUACUCACCAGAGAUCACUAUCCAGAGAACAAACUCAGGUGACUCAGAGACUUAAAAUCCUGCUGGCUGAUCUGUUCAGUAAAACAUGACCUGCUUUAAAAAGUUUCCUCUAUCACUGUCAUGUGCUGCAUAAAUACUCAGAGAGAAAACAGAUUUAAGUCAUGUUAUCUAAAGAAGGCACAAAUCUAACACAAAAGUUAAAAAAAUAUUGUUAACGUUAAUUUUUACCUUGAGAAUCUCAAAUAUUUAGGUGUGAUUGAUUUUGAAAGAUGGUUUUGAAUUGAAGUGUUGAUUGUGUAAGUUCACAGUCCCACCAACCUGAUGGGGGUGUCAUCAGACUGUGUAUCAGAGAGAAGGGAGGGUCAGCAUUACUAAUGCUGAAAUUGACAAAUCUCUCCACUAAGUGUUCCUGCUGUCUCUGCUGUUUACUGUCACAACUUUCUCCACAGUGGUUUUCUGUAUUCUGGGCAUAAUGGUUCAUAAAGGAUCUGUAAUGAAUAUGUCCAAAUGAAAGAU